UCAGGAGACGUCCCAGCAUCGCACCGAAACUUUCAGCCAACUUUGGGAUUCAGGAGUCAAGGCCAUUUGGACUUUUGUCACUUAGAUUUUUUUUUUUUUUUAAGCAAAACAGAAAGGAUUUAUUUCUGUGUUUGUGUAAUUAAAAAAAAAAAAAAAAAACGGAAGAGGAGAGAAUCAUGCAGAUGUCGAUUGCGCACCGCUUCUUGGCUGUGUAUCUCACUGUUUUUGGAUGCUUUGGAGACGUUUACGCGAGCGCAGUCCUGGUGAACUCCAACGCAAUUAAAAACCCACCGGGUGUUUCGGCUGGAAAAGGCUCUGAGGCUGUCAGUCCAAGUCCGGGCACCCCACCCUCCGGCGGCGCGGGACACAAACCCCCCACGGGCACCUUGCAGCAGUCAGGGGGUUGUAAAGUGAAAGAAGACUGCGGAGGGAAUGAGUUCUGCAAUGACGCCAGGGGUGUCUGCCUGCCGUGCCGUAAGAGCCGGAAGCGCUGCUUGAGAGACUCCAUGUGCUGUGCAGGAAACCGCUGCAGCAACGGUGUUUGUCAGGCAAAUGACAUACAUGACACACAUGGGUCCUCUGGCUGGCACAAACACAACAACACGGAGCUUCAAGGCAAGAAGACUCCUGCUCAAAGUUUCCCACCUAAUGCUGCCAAAGGCCAAGAGGGUGACACAUGCCUGAGAUCGACAGACUGCUCCGCAGGCCUGUGCUGCGCCAGACACUUCUGGUCUCGCAUCUGUAAACCUGUGCUGACAGAGGGCCAGGUGUGCACGCGCCACCGCAGGAAAGGCAACCAUGGCUUGGAGCUGUUCCAGCGCUGCGACUGCGGCGAGAGCCUGGUGUGCCGACCGGAGAAAGGAGAGCGAGAUCACAGUGUCAGCAGGACUGCAGCCCGGAACCUACACACCUGUCAGAGACGCUGACACUCACACACACGCACGCAGAGAUGUCUUGCGCACACACACGGUCACAGACUGAUAAGUCAGUGACUGACACUGACAAAUAAUCCUCAGCCCAGUGUAUACCAAAGAUGCUGACACACACUCAGACACACAGCAAGACACCCAACACCCUAGACUGUUCUUUCCUGCCAAAGCUGCUGGCAUAAACGCUUCACCCGGA